UAUCUCUCCAGUGCGGAUGCCAAGUAACCCUGCCUCCAUUUUGCCCAGCCCUUCUUCUUCUUCUUCUCCUUGUGUUCAGCUCAUGGCCUCCCUUUUGUCUCUCCUCAGGGCUCCAGGGGUCCGAAAUGGCGGAGGGAAGCCAGGAGGAGACGGCGGUGAUCACGGCGGAGAUGCUGGAGGAGGAGGAGCAGCUGGAGGCCGAAGGGAGAGAGCAGGAGAGGCAGAUCAUGGAGGAGGAGAUUUUAUCAGCAGCCAAAAAAAGUAAAAUUGAAGAGGAUAAGCUUGAAACCUUUUCCCCAAAACUGUGUGUAGAAGAACUGCAGAGCAACGGGGACUCAAACAGCAUUAUUAAGGACAGGCUGUCACAGGCAGUGCGUCACAGUGCCAAGCACUUUUUUGACCCAGUACGAAAAUUUAAUGGACAGCCAGUACCUUUUCAGCAGCCAAAGCUUUUAACUGGAGGAGUAAUGAGGUGGUACCAGGUUGAAGGCAUGGAAUGGCUUAGGAUGCUCUGGGAGAAUGGCAUCAAUGGUAUUUUGGCUGAUGAAAUGGGCUUAGGAAAAACAAUCCAGUGUAUUGCAACAAUAGCUUUGAUGGUAGAAAGAGGCGUUCCUGGACCAUUCCUAGUAUGUGGUCCCCUAUCUACACUUCCUAACUGGAUGGCAGAAUUUCAAAGAUUUACUCCUAAGAUUCCUAUAAUGCUCUACCAUGGGAACCAAAAAGAACGGCGUGCAAUGAUUCCUAAAAUUCGAAGGAGAGAAGGUUCAUUAAAUGUUCAUCCAGUGGUCAUAACUUCUUUUGAAAUUGCCAUGAGAGACAGAAAUUUUCUUCAGAACUUCAGCUGGAAAUACUUAAUUGUGGAUGAAGGACAUAGGAUUAAAAAUAUGAAUUGUCGUCUUAUUCAGGAAUUAAAACGGUUUAACACUGACAAUAAACUUCUAUUAACUGGAACUCCUUUGCAAAACAACUUAGCUGAGCUUUGGUCUCUGCUUAAUUUCCUGCUUCCUGAUGUGUUUGAUGACCUGAAAAGGUAGGCUCUGAUCCACCUGUAUUGUG